UUUAUUUUUACAUAAUUUGGUAAAACCACAGGGAACAAGCUGGGAUCAGCUACAUAAUGCUUUCGAACUCAGCGAGCUACGGUGCUGGGAGGAACUUGGCUCUUCUGCACAUGCCCAAAGGGCUACUCAGAAGACGAAAGUUACCGAGAAGCCUCGGGAAUGGGCCAAAGGAGACUACGUCGCCCCACGCACAAAGGCGGAAAUAACCGAAGAAGCGCCGGAAGUGGCGGAGCUGCAGCCGCUGUGUGGUGCCCGACACGCGGUGCCAGUUGCCAUGGAGCCCGCAGGGCUCUGCGGCUUCUGCCCAGGCGGGGAGGCACUGCCGGCGCGCUACACCUGUCCGCGCUGCAACGCGCCCUACUGCUCGCUGCGCUGCUACCGGGCACAUGGCUCCUGCGCGGAAGACUUCUACCGCGACCAGGUGCUGCGGGAGCUCCGCGGCCGGAGCGCCUCACCCAGCCGUCUGGCGGGCGCACUACGCCGGCUCCGCGAACAACGCGAGGCCGAGGAUGAGCCUGAGGAAAUAGGCCUCAGGCCGGACCCGCGGCCGAGCGGCCUUUCUGGACUCUGGGAACGCUUGGCGCCGGCUGAGAAGGCGGCGUUCGAGCGGCUGCUGAGCCGUGGCGAAGCUGGGCGCCUUCUGCCCCCUUGGCGGCCCUGGUGGUGGGGCCGCGGGGUUGGCCCGCGUUUUCUGGAGGAGUUGGAUCGUGCCCCGGGCAGGGAUCUUUCAGAGCCGGAGUCCACGCCCGAGAGGACGGCGUCCGAAUCUCUGGAUGAUGCGGCCGCCGCGGUGCCACUUGCUGAGGACUCCGCGGCCGCUCGGCCGCCCGCAGUGCCCACCCGUAUCCCAGCGCUGGCCAGCCUGAGCCGCAGCCCGGCUUCGCCACUCGUGCGCUUCCAGCUGCCCAACGUGCUGUUCGCCUACGCUCACACUCUAGCCCUGUAUCAUGGAGGGGAUGACGACGCCCUGCUCUCCGAUUUCUGUGCCACGCUGCUCGAUGUUUCUGGAGCCCUGGGCGCCCAGCAAGUCUUUGACUCUACGGAGGAAGCCCUGCAGGCCGCAGCCCACGUGCUGGAAUCGGGCGAACAUCCACCCGGGCCCUUGGGUACGCGGGGUGCCAUGCAAGAGGUUGCUCGUAUUCUGCUGGGCGAGGGUCCUGUCAACCAGAAAGGCUACACGCUGACAGCACUGGGGCACCUGGCGCAGACCUUGGGCAGAGCCCGGAAACAGGCCGUGAUCAGCGAAGAGCGAAAUCGCCUUUACCGGGCUCGGAAGAAGUGCCAGUUCCUGCUGGCCUGGACCAACGAAAACGAGGCUGUCCUCACACCAUUGGCUCUAGACUGUGCCAGGGCCCACCGAGCCCAUGCUGUCACAGCCGAGGAGAUGGCAACCCUUACUGGGGAGCUGGAGCGGCUUUGGGGAGGCCCGGUGCCACCUGCUCCAAGGACUCUCAUUGAGGAACUCCCGGGCUGAGCUGGGUGUCCGUGUCAUUAAUAAAGACGUCACUGGUCUGCCUAGA